GAGGUCAGGUGGAGGAGGGAGGGGCGGAGAUGGUGACAAGAGGCCGGGAGGUGAUAGGUGGAGGCACCAAAGAGUUGCAGACGGUGGAGCUGAUGGGAGAGGAAGGUGGAACCGAACAAGGGAGUGAAGGUGGGCGGUGUGAGGCUAAACGCAAACUCGAGGAACAGCACCUCACAAUCCCCCUGGGGAGUCUGCACCCCGACGGCACGGACGGUGAAUUCUCCAGUUUGAGGAAUGUGGCGGUCAAGGAUACAGUACCUGCUGGCCUUCAGUUGUCUGUACUCAGUGGUGAGUUGCCUGACAUCCACUCAGUGUGAUCCAUACGUAGACACGGCAGGAAAGGCUGGACUGAACUGCAGCCAUCAAUCCCUUGAUUCUGUCCCUCCCUCCCUCCCGACAAACACCGAGGUCCUUCUGUUGAGUUUUAACUCCAUCAAAUCUGUCUCUUUAAGUUCAUUUAAAAAUCUCUCCAAUCUCCACGAUCUCGACCUGUCCAACAACCAGAUUAAACACUUGGAGGGUGAUUACCCUCUCUCAGUGGAGAAGCUGGAUCUCUCGUCUAACUCCCUAACCACAAUUCCUGACUUCAGGAAGUUGCCACAUCUCAGGAAGCUGAUCCUUGACGACAAUGAGAUAUCUGCUCUCCCAGACGGAGCGUUUCAACCCUUGGUCAACCUUUCAGAGUUCAGCAUCAAAGGGAACCUCAUCGUCCACAUUCCUGACCACAUCUUUGACCCACUCGAGAACGUCCAACAUCUCACCCUCUCUGCAAACAAAAUCAAGGCAUUCCCCAAGGAUGCUCUGAGCAGGUUGGAAUAUCUGGAGACUUUUAAUGUCUCAAACAAUGAAUUAAGAACAAUCCCUCAAGACUUCUUUGAAAACAACAUGCUUCUUUAUGUGUUCCUGUACAACAACCCCUGGCACUGUGAGUGCAACGCGGUGAAGUAUUUGAAAGACUGGAUUGAUGAUAACGACGGCAACAUAUACAAAGUUGUGGGGGAACCUGACUCAGAGACUGUGGUAUGUGCAACUCCUACUGCUCGGCGGGGAAUUCCAAUUAUUAAUCUCCCUGCUGAGCAAAUCUGUCCAAGUGGGACAACUGAUACAGCGGCUCAGAUGAGCAUCGGAACUGAAAUUCCGACCACAUUCAGUACUCUUUUCCUGCAAACCUCUCCAUUCCCGGAGAUCUGUGCUCAAUACACAGACUCAGCAGGAAAGGUUGGACUGAACUGCAGCCAUCGAUCCCAUGAUUCUGUCCCUCCCUCCCUCCCGACAGACACCGAGGUCCUUCUGUUGAGUUUUAACUCCAUCAAAUCUGUCUCUUUAAGUUCAUUUAAAAAUCUCUCCAAUCUCCACGAUCUCGACCUGUCCAACAACCAGAUUAAACACUUGGAGGGUGAUUACCCUCUCUCAGUGGAGAAGCUGGAUCUCUCGUCUAACUCCCUAACCACAAUUCCCGACUUCAGGAAGUUGCCACAUCUCAGGAAGCUGAUCCUUGACGACAAUGAGAUAUCUGCUCUCCCAGACGGAGCGUUUCAACCCUUGGUCAACCUUUCAGAGUUCAGCAUCAAAGGGAACCUCAUCGUCCACAUUCCUGACCACAUCUUUGACCCACUCGAGAACGUCCAACAUCUCACCCUCUCUGCAAACAAAAUCAAGGCAUUCCCCAAGGAUGCUCUGAGCAGGUUGGAAUAUCUGGAGACUUUUAAUGUCUCAAACAAUGAAUUAAGAACAAUCCCUCAAGACUUCUUUGAAAACAACAUGCUUCUUUAUGUGUUCCUGUACAACAACCCCUGGCACUGUGAGUGCAACGCGGUGAAGUAUUUGAAAGACUGGAUUGAUGAUAACGACGGCAACAUAUACAAAGUUGUGGGGGAACCUGACUCAGAGACUGUGGUAUGUGCAACUCCUACUGCUCGGCGGGGAAUUCCAAUUAUUAAUCUCCCUGCUGAGCAAAUCUGUCCAAGUGGGACAACUGAUACAGCGGCUCAGAUGAGCAUCGGAACUGAAAUUCCGACCACAUUCAGUACUCUUUUCCUGCAAAACUCUCCAUUCCCGGAGAUCUGUGCUCAAUACACAGACUCAGCAGGAAAGGUUGAAAUGAACUGCAGCCAUCGAUCCCAUGAUUCUGUCCCUCCCUCCCUCCCGACAGACACCGAGGUCCUUAUGUUGAGUUUUAACUCCAUCAAAUCUGUCUCUUUAAGCUCGUUUAAAAAUCUCUCCAAUCUCCACGAUCUCGACCUGUCCAACAACCAGAUUAAACACUUGGAGGGUGAUUACCCUCUCCCAGUGGAGAAGCUGGAUCUCUCGUCUAACUCCCUAACCACAAUUCCCGACUUCAGGAAGUUGCCACAUCUCAGGAGGCUGAUCCUUGAUGACAAUGAGAUAUCUGCUCUCCCAGACGGAGCGUUUCAACCCUUGGUCAACCUGGAAGACUUCAGCAUCAAAGGGAACAUCAUUGUCCACAUUCCUGACCACAUCUUUGACCCACUUAAUAGCCUACGACAUCUCACCCUCUCUGCAAACAAAAUGAAGGCGCUCCCCAAGGAUGCUCUGAGCAGGUUGGAAUAUCUGGAGACUUUGGAUGUCUCAAACAAUGAAUUAAGAACAAUCCCUCAAGACUUCUUUAAACAGCAGAAGCUUCUUUAUGUGUUCCUGUACAACAACCCCUGGCACUGUGAGUGCAACGCGGUGAAGUAUUUGAAAGACUGGAUUGAUGAUAACGACGGCAACAUAUACAAAGUUGUGGGGGAACCUGACUCAGAGACUGUGGUAUGUGCAACUCCUACUGCUUGGCGGGGAACUCCAAUUAUUAAUCUCCCUGCUGAGCAAAUCUGUCCAAGUGGGACAACUGAUACAGCGGCUCAGAUGAGCAUCGGAACUGAAAUUCCGACCACAUUCAGUACUCUUUUCCUGCAAAACUCUCCAUUCCCGGAGAUCUGUGCUCAAUACACAGACUCAGCAGGAAAGGUUGGACUGAACUGCAGCCAUCGAUCCCAUGAUUCUGUCCCUCCCUCCCUCCCGACAGACACCGAGGUCCUUCUGUUGAGUUUUAACUCCAUCAAAUCUGUCUCUUUAAGUUCAUUUAAAAAUCUCUCCAAUCUCCACGAUCUCGACCUGUCCAACAACCAGAUUAAACACUUGGAGGGUGAUUACCCUCUCUCAGUGGAGAAGCUGGAUCUCUCGUCUAACUCCCUAACCACAAUUCCUGACUUCAGGAAAUUGCCACAUCUCAGGAAGCUGAUCCUUGAUGACAAUGAGAUAUCUGCUCUCCCAGAUGGAGCGUUUCAACCCUUGGUCAACCUGGAAGACUUCAGCAUCAAAGGGAACCUCAUCGUCCACAUUCCUGACCAUAUCUUUGACCCACUCGAGAACCUUCGAUAUCUCACCCUCUCUGCAAACAACAUCGAGGAAUUCCCCAAGGAUGCUCUGAGCAGGUUGGAACAUCUGGAGACUUUUGAUGUCUCAAACAAUGAACUGAGAACAAUCCCUCAAGACUUCUUUGAAAACAACACACUUCUUUAUGUGUUCCUGUACAACAACCCGUGGCACUGUGAUUGCAAUAUCCAAUAUCUGUCUACAUGGAUCAGGUCAAACGAGGGCAAGGUUUAUAGCCCUGAAGGCAGUCUUGACGACACUGUUGUGAUCUGUAGCAUGCCCCCAGAGCUGGAUGGUAUACCUCUGAUCCAUGUUCCCAUCGGUUACGGUUGUGUGGGCACCACCACUGUCACCCUGAGCACUCAGGCAGCGUCCACUGCCACCAACCGUAAUGAUACCUUCACCACAGGGUCAAGAAGGUCAUGGGCCCUGGAGGUUCUCCAGCACCUGGGACGGAACUGCUGGCUCCUCUUCACCCUGCUGUGCCUCUCGAUCUGCCUGGUCCUGCUGGAGAUCUCCGCCCUCUCCAUCUACGCCAUCAGGUUCUACCGGAGGUUCUACCUGCCCCUGAAGCGGUUGUCCCAGCGGCACUGGUACAUCAGGCUGGUCCGCUACAGCCUGGUGUUGCCCUACCUCCAGCAGAUCUACCCCCCUCCAAGGCCAGGCUCCAGCCUGGAGGGAGAGGCCCAGACUGCCAUUGCGACCGACACAGCAGGAGAUGCAUUCACGAGCUUCCUUUAAGCAGAGCCACAGUAGAAGUACGCUUUGAUAUUGAAAACUUGCAGAUUUUAAGGUUAAUUUGCAUACAUGCAAAUGAGUGGGUUUGGACCCAUCUACCUAUCACACGCUAUGCAUUAAAUAUGGCAGAUUCUUUGAACAGCUACCCCCCCCCCUCGCUCUGCUUUAAGUAUUAUGUCAUUCAUUGGAAAGUUAUAGAGAAGAUAUUUCUUCAAGGUGGAAUCCAACUCCGAAUCAUUAUCACUGAUAUAUGGCGUGAAAUUUGUUGUUCUGCGGCAACAGUACAGUGCAAGACAUAAAAAUUACUCUGUUACAAAAAUGAAUAAA